UGCCGCGCGCGCCGGUUGUGAGGUCAUCCCGCGCGGCCGGAAGGAGCAGAGCGGGGCCGUUGUUUCCGUUGUGCAGGGCGGAGGAGGGCCCCAUGGCGGCGGGGAAGGCGGCGGCCGAGCCCCUGGGGCGCACGGCGGAGGAGCUGGCGUGGGCUGAGGCGCUGCGCGGGGCCUGCGAGCCCGAGCACCACUGGCGGCACCGGCGGGAGUUUCUGCUGCGGAACGUGGGGGAGCCGCCGGCGGCGGGCAGCGCCCAGCUCCAGCGCCUGGUGUCGCUUUCCAUGGUGUGGGCAAACCACGUCUUCCUGGGCUGCCGGUACCCGCCGCAGGUCAUGGAGAAGGCGCUGGAAAUGGCCGAAGGCAUCCAAGUGACCGACGCGCCCGUCCGCACCACAAGAGACGAACUGGUUGCCAAGGUGAAGAAAAGAGGCAUAUCAAGUAGCAAUGAAGGGGUAGAGGAGCCCCCCAAGAAGCGAGCUGUUGAGAAAAGCAAAGAUUCUAAGGAUACUGGAAAGGAUAUGAAAACAAGCAAGGCAGAAGCCCCAAAGGAAACAGAGAGCACAUUGCCAAAAAAGCAGGAAAAGCAUACCAGCAAAGAUCCAGAAAGCUCCCAGUUAACUUGCAGCUCAGAUCAAGAAAUGGUCAUGGCAUCAGACAUAGAAACAGAAGGAAAACCUGCUAAUGCUGAAAGUACCACUGAGCAAAAUCCAUCUUCAUUUGAAAAAGAGUCAGGAGAGAAACCUUACUCAAGUCCCCUUAAGGAAAGCAAGUGUGAAAAUGCGCCAUCACCUGAAAAGAAAACUACAGUAAGUGCAGUGCCACCAGCUGCCAAGAGUGCCCCGCAGGCAGAGGUGGUGGCUGCUGUGGUGCCACCGGCUGCCAAGAGUGCCCCCCAGGCAGCAGCAGUGCCAGUGGCUGCCAAGAGUGCCUCGCAGGCAGAGACGGUGACAGCAGUGGUGACAACAGCUGCCAAGAGCAACUCACAGGCAGCGGCAGUGACAACAGCAGUGCCACCGACCACCAAGAGCGCCCCACAGGCAGCAGCGGUGCCACCGACCACCAAGAGCACCCCGCAGGCAGCAACAGUGCCACCAGCUUCCAAGAGCACACCACAAACAAGCGCUACAUUGCUGUCUUCCAAAAACCAAGCGAGUGGCCCGGCAUCAGUGUCCAAGAGCAGCGCUCAGGCGGGCACCUCGCUGCUGCUGGCACCCAAGAGCAGUACUCAGGUGGCCUCCUCACUGCUGCUGGCCCCCAAAGGUGGGACUCAGGCAGGCACCUCGCUGCUGCUGGCUUCCAAGGGCACUGCUAAGGCGGGAUCUUCGCUCCUGGCUUCCAAGAGCAGCGCCGAGGUGGCUGCCUCGUUGCUGGCCGCUCGGAGUGGCGCUCAGCCGGGAUCCUCACUGCUGACUUCCAAGAGCAGCGCUCAGGUGGCUGCUUCACUGCUGGGCACUCGUGGUGGCACUCAGCAAGGUCCCUCCUCGCUGGCGUCCCGGGGUGGAGCUCAGGCAGGUGCUUCCCUGCUGGCUUCCAAGGGUGGCAUGCAGGCAGGUUCACCACAGCUUGCCUCCAAGAGUGGCUCGCAGGCAGGUGAAAGCCCUGCUAAGGCUCUGUGCAAACCAUUAACCAGCGAAGAUGCAAAGGAAAGACAACCUUUUUUCAACAGACUAUACAAAGCUGUAGCCUGGAAACUGGUUGCUGUUGGAGGCUUCAGUCCUAAUGUAAAUCACGUAGAACUUCUGAACUCAUCAAUUCAGUCUGUAAAAGCUACGUUAGAUGUUGCUUUUGUUCCCCUGAAGGAACUUGCAGACUUGCCUCAAAAUAAGAGCUCUCUAGAAAAUAUAGUUUGUGAACUGAGGUGCAAGUCUGUCUACUUGGGUACUGGCUGUGGUAAAAGUAUGGAAAAUGCCAAAGCGGUUGCUUCAAGAGAAGCUUUGAAAUUAUUCCUCAAGAAGAAAGUUAUUGUGAAGAUAUGUAAAAGAAAAUACAAAGGUAGUGAAAUUGAAGAUUUAGUACUUCUGGAUGAAGAAUCAAAACCUUCGAAUUUACCUCCAGCUUUAAGAAAUCCUCGUGAGAUCUUGUAGGCGAGAAUUGCUGUUUGUACUGUGUAUAUUUCAACACAAGGACUGAAGGUUAAUUUUGUACUUUAAAAAUGUAGGCUUCCAGAUAUUUUGUAUUUCUUUAUCAGUUUUGCAAGACAAUGAUAGUCCUUUCACUUGGUAGCAAUUGUAUAAACUUGUUAGAGAUGACAAGUGCGCAUUUAAAGGUAUGCCUUAAUAUAUAGCACACUAGCGUGCUGUUUUAUUUGCAAAAUAGUCUACCUAAGUCUUCUAUUUUUAAUUAAAUGAUUAAGGUACAACUUGCUGUUUAAAACCUGACAAUUUUGUAAUUCUGACGAUUUGAUGGCACUGUCAGUUGUCUACUAUGUCUUUUUUAGCCACAGAAGUAUGUAAAUAGGGACCAUAAUACUUGAAUGAUUGAAAGUUGUUUAAAAAUUUCAGUCAAAAAGUUGAAUCAUCUGUUUCAGGUGUGUUGCUCAUAAUGUUCACUGUUGCUCAUACUAGGAGAGAAAAUAGUUGGGUGACUAUUUUUUACUAGGAGACAAAAUAGUUGGUUGACUCUUUUUAUGGGAUGUUUUCGUAACACUGGCAAUAUAAAUGACACCCUGAUCCCAUUUAACAUUAUACUGGCAGGUUAGAUCCCAUUUAGCACUAUACUGGCAAAUUAGCAAUUAGCAGUCAAGUCACAGCUACUUCAGCCACCAAAACUCUGUAAGCAGAUUUAAUUUAUAUUGUGAAAUAUUUACAUUGUUUUCAAAUAUACAUGGGUUUCUAUACUAGGCAUAUUUUGACUGCUACUAAACCAAUAAAACCUCUGGGAUAUGCUUUUAUAGCACUUUGGUUUUGGCUAUUAAAUAUUCCAACCAUUUCAAUAACUUUGCAACACCUUAAGAAAAGCUUUACUUUGAGUUGCUUCAAGGUGUAGUUCCACAAGGAGUUGUUUUUUUUGGAUGCAUAGCUGAAAUACUGUAAAACUGAUAGAGUGGACCUAUAGAAUAUCCAUUUCUACUUUUGUAUCACUUACCGAGAGAAGAAAAAUGAAGAUGCUGCUGUCUCCUGGGGACAGAGAGUGUAUUGUAAAGCAUUCACGCUGAUUGAGCCCUUCCUUUGCUACAUUUUUACGCAAUGUACAGAUGGUUUGAAGCAAAGAAAGUAGAUUACUUUUUAUUUUCAAUGUUCCUGAAAUACCUGCACAAACUGCAUGUUUUGAUAUAUUGCAUAAUGACAUAUAAUUGUAAAAACAUGACGUCUUCAGUGCUAUUUUGGAUUAAUCUUGUCUGAUUACAAUAGCUAGUGUCAUUUAAUGGAGACCUGACACUUGACUGACAGAUCCAUUGAUCGAGUAGUACAGCAGUGAUUAGGAAUUCCUGGGAUCCAGUAGUAUAUGUGUCCACUUAGAGACUUCAGGUUCUUUUGUGAUUUUGGGACUAAACCACAAUGGCAUUGUUACACUGUACCCUACAUGAUUUUGAACAGCAGCGGCUGCCUGGUCCAUAGCACUCGAAGCCUGUAAGGCGCUCGUGCUUCCCCAUGCCAGUUGAGAACUUCCUCCAUCUGAUACCUGUGCUGCAGUGCCUGCAGUCGCCCUUGGCUCUAGUUAGGUUUCUCAGGAGCUCCCCCUCUGUGUUUCUGGAGCAUCACCUGGAGUGUGGAACGCGAUGUGUUAAAUUGCAUCUCACACAGCUCAAGAAUUGGUGUGUGUUACUAGCACAGAGCAAAUUUCAUGCUGUAUAUAGGAGUUGUGGUGUUCAUGCCAGGAAGCAUGAGAUCUGUUUUUAGAUCCUCACCCUGUUUGGGUAGAGACAUGGAGUGACUGUUUUUGUGGGGUGGGAAUUGCGCCCUGUGCCCUCUGAAGUACAGCCUUUCUAGCUGUUUAUUUCGGCAUCUUGAGAUCUCUGGUUGAGAAUUGCAGCAAGUGUUGCAAUGUGAAAACCUGUGUUUCUUGUCUGUAAAGCAAAGCCAACAGUAUUUACCAACCUCGAGAGGAUGUUGGGGUGACUGUGUUAAAAGGCUGAGGUGCUAGAUGCCUUUUUAAAGUCCUGACUUAAGCUUACUUUUUAAAAAAUUUUGUGAAUGUUAUUCCUCUUUGAUGUUUGGUUGUGAUUCAUUAAAGGAUGAGUCUGUAGCUACUCUUAAUAGAAACUGAAAGUGGAUGUGUUUUUUUUAAUUUCACAUUCUGCAUGGAAAGCAGCUCAACGGGCAAAUUCCAGCAUACAAGUGUUAAGCAAUAAGCAUUAAGCGUUUGAAUGAGAAUUUAUUAACAUUUCAUUAACCCUAAAGUAAGAAAAAGAAUUUGAAGAACUGGCUGUGGCAAAGAAGUGUUGGUACAGUCCCAUCAGCUGUAAAACCUCUGAGUCUCCCUUCCAGGUGCUGUCCUGGUCUCUGGCAAUUUGGCCACUGGCCUUUAAUUGUCAGACCCUGCUGAUGAGGACCGUCUGGAACAAAUGCACAAACACUGUGGGUGUGCAAAGUUGUCUGGGGGCAAAUGAAACCAACCGACCGAAAGAAAAACUGACCCUGCUUUUUCAGCGGGAGUGCAGGAAAUUGCAGUCAUUAAGCAUGACUCCGUUUCCUCUGAGGGCCGCUAGGACAGCUCAGGUCCGUAUGGCUGGUUCCUUGCGGCCAGCGGCCCCGCCGGUUGCUGUUAGCAGGUUACCAGGUACACACCAGUUCUGGCGGCUACCGGUGAAAACUCUCCAGCUUGCAGGGGAAGUGAGGUUGGGCGCUGGCCACGAGGUGGCGCCAGAGCGUCCCGCCGGCGGGGUUCCCGCCCUUCCCCCAGGCCCGCGCAGGGGCGGAGCUGCAGCGUAUCAUUUGCUUAAUGUAUUCCUGGGGGUGGGGCCGCGCCGGUGGACCCUCCGUGGGGCAGGAAUCGCGCUCCCCGGGAGCGUGGCGGUUCUAUGGGGCCGGUCGGGCAGCCUGCCUGUCUGUGCACCGGCUGCGGAGACCAGCAGAAAGAGAAACGGGGCGGCGUGCACUGUUCGCCCUAUCCCGGAGGGUCUCCUGACCCCGGCCGAUAUAAGCUGGCGACGUGUAUUUGUAAAGCGGUCGGGAUGUUCUGAAGACCUGCUCGCUAGGCCACGCACGGAGGACAGUAGUUCCUCAUGGGCCCCGCGCCCGCCUAGGGGAAAGUCCCCGGACCGCCGGCAGAGAGUGUCGGGCGCUGUGCGCGCCCUGGCCCGCCCCCGACUCACAGUCCCCGCCGAGACGCCCCCGGGCCGAGCGGGUGAGGGCGGGGCGGGCUCUCGUCACGGUCACAGAAACGCAGGUAGUGCGCAGGCGCACUAACAGAACGGGGCUCACUCUCAGGCCAUCCCUU